AUGGCUGCUGGAGUCGACCUCUUUAAGCCCGUCGACCACGUUUGCGGCUUUCCAGAUAACAGGAACUUUACUAGCGGCAGCGAGUAUGAAAACAACUUGGACUUCAUCUUACACGAUCUUUCCAACAAAACUCCCGCAACCGGGUUCGGUCUUGCAUAUGCCGGGGCGGUGGAAAACAGUAACAGGGCUUAUGGCCGAGCUCAAUGUAGAGCGGACGUUUCAACAGCAGACUGCAAAACCUGCAUUUCUGAAAUGGUCAGAUGGGUUCGGGGGAAAUGUCCAUUUUAUAAAUCCGCAUUUGCUUGGUUCCAGGGUUGUCUUUUGAGAUACUCGGACGAUGAUUUCUUCGGCAAGAUUGAUGAUCCCAACUCGCUGGCAUUCUUCAUCUUGGAAAAAGAAAAUCUAAGCAACAUUGCACCCUUAGAAAAGGUGGAGGGAUUGUUAAAUCAACUUGCAGGAGAAGCUUCCGCGUCUAAGAAGUUGUUCGCCAGAGGAGAGGUAAAGCUUGCAGGAUCGAAAAAUCUAUAUGGUUUGGUUCAAUGCACCUUGGACCUUUCCCCAGCAGAUUGUAAGACUUGCGUUGAUGGAUUGGUUAGUAUAGUUCCUAAAAUUUAUGGGAACGGGACUCAGAUCUACACGUCAACUUGCACCCUACAAUAUUUGUUGUAUGCUUUCUUCAAUGCUUAA